UUCGGAGAUAUUUUAAAAAAAUUCACCGAAGAGGGAGUUCCACCAGUUUAGGACAAUUAUUGAGUUAAUAUCAAUUGGAAAUUCAGAUGGCUUCGCGUGAAAUGUGAAUAAAUCUGUAAGAGUGUGCCAUGUUCCCCAAAUGCUUGGAAUAGGAUUUCCAUCGAAAAGUCAUGCAACGUCCCCACGUGCCUUCACUCCGAGAAAUUCCCCCAGCAUUUUUCCAUGCCCAAGAGAGCACAAAUUCCCCUCCAAUGGCUAAAGUGAGAGACAAAAUACUCCAACACUGUUACUGGAUACCUAACGCAACUGAGAUCCGCUAUACUGCGUGUUCGUAUACCGGUGACCCAAAUGAAAAUCUUCCAGCCAGUCUCCAGUCCUCGUCCGGGCUUCUUCGUGGUGAGUUCACAUGUGCUCUCCAAAUUCUUACAACGUUAACAGACUAUCAUGUGUAAUUCCCAAACUGACAGGAUUGAUAACGAAAAAAGUGCAAUAAACAAUUUUUUCACAGGUGUUAUGGUGAUUUUUCAAUCCAACAACGAGAUUUAUCAGUGAAAAUCAUUUUGCCCAAAGAAAAAAAAAAUUGUUCAAUUAGUUGUGUCUGUUAAUGAAUCCAGCUGCACGAGUGCCUCGAAGUCCAUCUAAAUUGGGUGCAGGAUGUAGAAGUCUCGAGAGGCGACGAUCCGAGAGAAAAAAAAGAAGACAGGGAAACAACACGCGACUGACUUUUUUAAAUAGCUGGGGUAAAGAGGAAUUCGAGUGAGAUGAUGAUUUAAUGGGAACACGUGGGAUUUUUUAACGUGACAACGAAAUGAAGGCUUUUACAGUGUUGAAAAUAUAUUGGAGACAGUGAUAUUAACAAGAUGCGCAGCGAAGUGGGCGAAUGGCUGGCAACUUGUGUCGGUUCACCAAUUUGCAUUCUCCUGUUGUCCUGGUCUUUGCUCAUAUACCAGAAUCAGCCAUCGUCCUUGAAGAGAAGGAUCGACGUACUCACUGUUGCUAUUAUCAUUGAGAGCUUAGCUCAUGAGAUUGGUCUACUGCUAUAUGCCAUACUCACGCUCAUAAGACCUGCCAAUCACUUCGGAGAAAUAUGCUCCACCCUCGUCUGGCUGCUGAACACAUCCCGGAUUCUUCAGGAGCUGACAUUAACAUCAAUAGCUGUUUUCGCGGCAAUCAGUAAAGAUGAAUUUACCGUGACGAAAAAUCAUAUUAAGUACCACUUGGUAUCUCUGACAGUAAUAAGCGCCUGCAUAGGCUUCACCGGAAUACUAAACUUCGAGCCUGAGACCUGUGUAUUUCUCGCUCAAGAUGUAUCUCCCAAGUAUGGACUCUUCGUCAAUUCUCUUCGAGCAUUGCUGCUAUUAGGGACCAUUUGCGGUCUUUGUGGAGCAAUUUUCAAGGAUGCCUGCCGCAGCCCAAAGUCCGAAUUGCUCCAGUCUGUAUCGGAUUUGUCGGAGGCUAGCUCCAAGAAUUCUUCGGGUGCUUUCGAAUGCCAUCCACACCAUUGGGAUCCAUCAAGUGGAUCUUGCACCAGUGGAUCAACGAACUCCAGGGCUUGCCUGAGAAAGAGAAGACCGAAAGUUGAUGAGACAGGAAGCAGCUCCACUGUCUACAGCAUUAUCUUUGUUUGUUAUAUUUUUGAUCAUCUGCCGGUUUUGAUUGUAUCGCUCAAACCGGAACUCUUGAGGGGCUUCUGCACAGUUCAGAAUAUAGCAAUAUGGCUGCCACUGAUGAAGGAUACACUACUUCCGGUGUUUUUGGCAAUGUUCGACAAAAUGUUCUGCAGAUAUGUCGCCAAGGUCUAUACGAAGCAAGAUCGCUCUCGAAAGCUGGCGCAUUGUGGACUUGAUGGAAAGUUCAGGCACUUCGAGCAAGAUGCGGAGUACAAACUUCAAUUAAAUCUCAAUCACGGAUUAAAGUUUCCACUGACUAAUGGUAGCCUCUACGGACGACUGCACAGUCAUCAAAAUCGAACGCGAACGGGAACAAUAACAAUGGGUAUCCAGCAUUAUCCCCGGGCUCAAUCUCUGAACGAAGACAAUGCCUACGGCUCUCUUCCGGCUGAAUUAACAUCUUUCACUUCAUCAACCUUCGAGCCCCGUCACUCCAAAGAAUCAAAAUCAAUCGUGUCAGAUCAGCACUCGGCACAGCGUCUCCUGCGGCUGAACGAGAGCUUGGAUUUCACAAAUCGCCGUAAAAUCGGCAGCACUGAUGUUUUUGGCCAGAACAUGGAGAAUUUGGUGCAGCUGGAGGAGCCGAAGCGAAAGUUCGCCAAGAGUCUGGAUGAAAUUCGAGAGGAGGGGCCCAGAAAGCAAAUGAGGAGCACCUCCAGGCUGGAGGAUAUAGGGAGGGAGCGAGUUAAGGCAUCAGCCAUCAUCAGGAAGGAGGAGGAGGAGUUUACGAGGAACUUGGUCAGGAGAAAUCAGAGCUUCGAUUAUUCCAAGUACACCAGGGCUGGACUGGACUCCAGGACCUACGAUGCCAAGGAUCUUUUCAAGAAGGACAGGAGUUUUGAGGGCAAGAGGGAGGAAUUUCGAGAUCAGGAGGCUGGGUAUGAGUCCUCUGAUGAUGAGAGCUGUGAUUUUGGCAGUGGAGAUUUUGAUACCAUGAGUUCCUGCAAGAGCAGGAGUAGAAGCUGCUGCUCCGUUACAACUGUUGCCAAUGAUGACUUCGAGUUUUUCCAAAGGAAGGGGAUGAAGGCAGACGACCUUCUUCCCACAAAGAAAAUCCUUGACACGAAAAUCAACAUGAGGACUUUCACUCCAAAAAUCAUCGAUAAGACUUGGACUAACGAAACUGGAUCGCAAAUGCGAGAGACUCUAAAAGAACCAUCGACAAAACCCAUUAUUCAAUCGUAUCACCUGAAGAAAAUCAGUCCCGGGUACUCAAUGAAUGAUUUAGACAAGCUAUACCCCGACACGAAACAUCCAAAUGUUUCUAUGGCAAGUCUCAAAAGUGCAUUAAUAAAAUCCGAUGUCAGUUAUCUUGACAAUGGAGAAAUCUGCAGACACAACAUCGGCGGUUCAGCUCCGGACUUCAAGAGAAUUUUCGUCACUGAUUUCAUCUGAUGAUGCUCUCUAUUGUUAAUUAUUGAACCGGAAGUUCUCAGUGAAUUGCUGUAAUAUACUCAUUAGUUAGAAAAUAAUGUUAUUAACCAAUCUGUAUAUAAUCGUUGUAUAUUUGUAUCUUAAAAUUUGAAUAUAAAUGUUAUUAC